AUGGCUAGCACCUGGGAUCACGAGAGAGACAACCAGUUGCUUGUGGCCAUCUUGGCCGUUCAUGCACCGCUGGACUUUGCCGCGAUUGCUCAAGCGAUGGGACAGGGUGAUAGCACUGCUGCCGUGAGACAGCAUGUCUACACCCUGAAAGUCCGCCAUGAGGGAAGCUCAGGCAAAUCUCCUACGAAGGACAAGGCUAACAAGCCCACUGGUCAUGGCCGCAAAGCUACCAAAUCUUCCAUCAAACGCAAGAGUGCCCCGCUCACCAAGUCCGAAUCGAAUUCGGUUAUCGAGGGCCAGGAUGGGGAUGGCGAUGACUUCAUCCCCAGUCCUACUAAGCAACGCAAGAUCUAA